AUGAGGCUAGAGGCCAAUCGCCAUGGAAAGGACGUGGCCUUCUCCAUCCCGAUCGGGACCGUCUUGUCUUCCGCCAGAGCACCGGACUACGCACUCGCUGGUCCCAACAGCAGUCCCCUCGUCGGUUUCGUUCAGGCCGCCGAAUCGACCAUCGAAAAAGUGAUCUUCGACUUCCACUUCUUGGCGCUUUUGGCUAUUGGAAGUUCAUUGGCUGCUCCCAGGACUGUACAAUUAAUGUCUGAGAAACUCCCAGGGGAAGCUGAUAAGGGAAUUGAAGCUUUUGAUCACACUGGAAAACAGUAUUCAUCUUCUGAAGAAAUGAAGCAAGUUGCAUUAGAAAGUUGCAAGAAAAUGAAAGGCAAUGCUCCCGAAAAAUUGGUCUCUGGAUCUGAUGAUUUUACUAUGUUUUGGUGGGAACCUUCAGUUGGUAAGCAUCCAAAAACACGAAUGACCGAUCACCAACAGCUCGUGCAUCGUGUCUACUUUUCACUGGAUGGGCAAAGGGUUGCUAGUGCUUCGCUUGAUAGAUCUGUGAAGUUGUGGAAUGGUAUUAUUGGGAAGUUUGUUGCUGCAUUCAGUGGGCAUGUCGGGCCUGUACAUCAGAUAAGUUGGUCUGCGGAUGGUAGACUUCUUUUAAGUGGGAGCAAAGACUACCCUGAAGUGCAACUUGUUUUCACUGAGAUCUCACUGGCCUAUUUAAAGUUAUUUUUUGAACCAUUGGACAAUGUUAGGUCUGCUUAUUUUGCGAGAUAUGGUGAUGAGGAUAUUGUAACGCAGAGUACGUAUGGAAGCUUGAGUGAUAUCUGGGAUAUUCGCAUGAAAAAGUUGAAACAAGAUCUUCCGGGUCAUGCGGAUGAGAUUUUUGCGGUCGAUUGGAAUCCAGAUGGUGAGAAUGUUGCUUCUGGUGGUAAAGAUAAGGUGCUGAAGCUAUGGAUGGGAUAA